AGCUUUUUGUGGAAGUAAAAACCUUGAGAUAAUUCUAAUAUUGAUAUUUACAGGUCAUACGAAACGAACCCCUACACUUGGGAUUUACAGUUUUGUUGGUAGGGAGCUAAGAGAAAAAUGUGCCCAUCGCUAUUUUAGAAUGAAAUGUAGAAUAAAAGAGAACGUGCGGGGCUUUUUAAAGCUUAACAGAGGAAUAUGGAUGUUGCAGUGUGGUUUCCCACACUGAUGUUUUAUCCUAGAAAAACUGUACAAAAAAAAAUGUAGUGUUUGUGCUAUUUUCCUGUGCUCUGGACUUUGUAUCUCUAUUGUCAAGGUGUUUAAAAUAGUGCAGUUGAGAACAGAUUGCUUCGUGGCAUCGGAGUGCAAAAUAUGCCAGCUAUUUGAUCAGCUGGUCCCUUCUCUGUUAGAAGGCAGCUAACGUUUUGCUCCAGACAUUUGUGUGUGUUCUGUUGUAACAGCUCUGUGUUUAUUGACUCAAGAGACAGAUCAGCCGUUACUGCUGCCGUAUAAACCUUCUGGAAGCGCUGGGAUGUAUUAUGUUCCUUAUGUCAGAGCAGGAUCCAAAAUUUCUCCAGUUGGAUCAGAAACGAGCGUUAAGAGCUCUCACUCAGGAUCAAAUGAUGCUCUUCCCUCAAGGUUUCCAGCAAAUGUGCUUGGUUUAAGAGAUGAUAAUCCUCCAGACAGCACAGGCUAUCAAGCAUAAAGAAGGAAGCUACAGUAAGAGGGCGAAGCCCAAGCUAGCCUGGGCUGAAGAACAAAUGAUACCCGUGGAGGCUGCCCCAGAACACACGGAUCAUUUAAAGUCUGUGAAAACCACUCACUCGGUCUUCAAGUCUGCCCAGUUCUACCUUCAUCAUCCCAUGUCCAUGCGUGAGAGCUCCUUCCAGUCGAACAGCGAGCCCUCAGAGGAUGGUUCGGGUGUUGGACGUGCUAGACCUGCCUCAAGUGCUGUCCUCCAGAACUGGAAGAAUGCACAUCGCCAUAAACAUGUUUUCUCUGCCCGUCAUAAGAACGAUGGUGAAAAUGAGUUCUUCCCACUCGCUGCAGAAGCAGAUUAUAGCAAGAACGAGGAUCUAAACGUUGGUACGUCUCCGGAGAGUGAAAUGCCUAGAAAGGAGCUGCCUCAACACGGCAGGAGAGACUCAGAACAAAAGGCAGCUAAAAGUUAUCCUUUAGCAUUUAGCCAAACAACCUGUCUUCAUGAGAAUGUGGAGAAAGACCUGCCGCUGAGGCAGAGAACCCACUCCACCUGUAGCUUGGAUGACCUCUGGGUUAAGUUUCUGGAGCGCCAGAAGAGAUACCAGCACCAUGAUUUUAGGGGUAACAGUGAGCUCUCCCUCGUUGAGCGCCUCGAUCGAUUGGCCAGGGUCCUUCAGAAUCCCAUUAAGCACACGCUAAUACCAGCAAGAUCAGGAAAGAAUGUUUUGGAAAGAAAAUAUAAGAUACGGGAGCAGAAGAAAGUGAGGCUGCCAGAAAAGAGCACGUCUGAAAGUUCCUCGGAGCCUCAUGCAGCAUGUGUUGAAGAAAGGCCAUUUAUCAACCACGAUGAAAGCAGCUUUGUUGAGCUUAGGAAAAGUAGGUCAGGAGAGAAAACGAUUUGCCACAUGCAUAAAAUUUUGGAGCACCAGCAGUACUUGGAAACUUCUAGUGACACUUCCUCGGAGAGCAGGCUUAGUAAAGAUCACUGCACCACAGUCAGUUCCACCAUCUCUGAAUCAGAUGGGGUAACCCAAACAGAGCUGGAAACUGUUACUCAGACUGAGGUGAGCAGUUCCAUUUCCACCAUCGACACCGCCAGGCUCAUCAGGGCUUUUGGGCAUGAAAGAGUGCAGGUGUCACCACGACUUUCCCAGCUUUAUUGCACCAUCAACCACCAGAAGAGUCGCUCUGAGAAGUGGGACAAGGGAAGCAGCAGAGCGGUGGGCGUAGAAUAUCCCAAGGUUACUACUGAGAAACACAGGAAACGGAAAGAGACCCAGGUACGUGGUCAAUUAGACCAAAAGAAGGCAAUCCGUGUUUCGUUGGAUUCAACUUCUUCAAGCAGCAGUUCUUGGGGGCCCAGCUCAGCUCUCAGUAACAAGCGACGAACACGGAUGUUAAACAAAGGUGUCCAAGCAGGAGAUUUAGAGAUUGUGAACAGUGCAACUAAGAAAAACACCCGGGAUGUUGGUGUGACUUUUCCUACACCAAGGCCCAGCCAGCCAACUCAACGGCCACGGAAACCCUGGCAUUGUGUCGAUGGUAUUUUUGGAGAGUCAGCUGGUAUGGUCACAGAUCAUCAGGCAGCAGGAAGCAAGGGUAAGCAGAAGGGACAGCCAGGCAAUUUUUUCAUGGAGAAAAGGACAAAAAGGAGCAGACUGCAUUUACCACAAGGAAUUUCAUGGUUUGUCCAAGCAGAGGAUUUGAAAUCUGAAUCGAGGAAAGAAAACUUUUCCACUUCUUGUCCUGGUCCGUCUUGGUUUGAACCACUGACCAACACGAAGCCCUGGAGGGAGCCUCUCCGAGAGAAGAACUGGCAAGAGCAGCAGCACAGCACCGUGACUCAGCCAGCAAUUCCAGAAAGAGAUGCUGAGACCAGGGCCUUUCGGCCACUUGUGAAGCUUACGCUACAGGAGGCUCUUGCAGUGCAUCGCCCUGAUUUCAUCUCUCGCUCUGGCGAGCGUGUGAAGCACCUGAAGCUUGUAAUGGAGGAAAGGAGGAUACAGAGCGUGCUGCAGUCUGAACGUGAAGAACUAUUUAAUCCUCCAGAGAAAAGGAAGGGCUACAGGAAUGCAAGUCACAUGCUGUCUGACAGAGGCUACCUGGUUAAAGAAAAGAGAAAAACAAUUCCGAAGAGUGAAAUGGUUCAAAGAUCUAAACGGAUCUACGAGCAGCUGCCAGAGGUGCAGAAGAAGCGAGAGGAAGAGAAGCGAAAAUUGGAAUACAACUCGUACCGCCUGAAAGCACAGCUUUACAAGAUGGCUAGCACUGGACGUCUUGGUGGGGGAAGGAUGUACUCGUGCCACAGUUCGGGGUGCAGCUCAGUAGGUUACCACCAAACGUUAAUAGCUGGCAGAGGAGCACUAAUGAAAAAACAGCUGGGAAGGAAGGGGAUGUCUUACCUUCUUCUCUAGUUUUUGCUCAGUAAAUGAGAAUUUGAGCAUUCUCCAACCACCUGUGGAUUUAUUACUCAUUAUUAUCAGAACAAAGAGUACUUACACCCUAAGUUUAUUACAUAUCAGCCACGGUGUAAUAUGGCUCUGGGACUCUUCCUGGACAUGUAAGAAGCAAAACUUAAGUGUGCCCCUCACUGAUUGCAGUGCAGAUGGCUCUGAGGAUGUGGUUAGCUGCCAGUACCCACGUGCAGGCUGUUUCUGCCAUGCAUUGAGGGCUCACAGGUUAAGGAUGUUUAAUGUCUGGGAAGGGAAGCAGUGAAUUAAAUGUGUACACACACUCAUCCUUACGUACGUGACCAUGGACAAGUGUUUGCCAGUAUCACUUGCGAAUGAAACCCUCACAGCAGUAUUAGAGGUAUGUUGGGUAUAAGUGCAUGUUGAUAUAAUUUGUGUCAGCGCUUCAGAAGGAAAAAUGCACCCCAGCUUCUUAAAAAUGCAUCCCAAGGAGACAACACAGCUGUGUGUUUGCAGUGUGAACAAUUGUGCGGAGCACACUGCUCCCUGGAGGCAGCAUCUCUCUUCUCAUCAUCUGUAGGGAGCAGAUGAUGAUGAUGAUGAACUUAAAUUAGUGCACAGGUUACAGGGUGGGGUGAAACGGAGUUUAUGGGGCUCAAAACAGGGUCCCAAAUUAACAAAUAUAUCUGACCAAAAUCCACUUUUGUAAAGUACAAAUAUUCAUACAGGACAGCUGAGAAGCAAGGGCUGGCAGUGCUUGUUCUGAGUUGUUCCUAUGCUGCUGUAGCAGUGUGGUGAGAAGGAAAGAGAACAAAAUAAGUUUUGUUACUAAAUUAGGAGGGGAUCCUGGAUAUAACUGCAAACAUCAACAUUCAUGUGCUAGAAAGCAGCUGAGAGGGCUGUGCAGUCUGCCUGAACUUUUGGAAUUGUUAAAUUCUUAACUUUGCUGUCUGAAAAGUUAUUUUUAUCACAGCAUAUGCAUGGGUCUGGGCUGAUGUUCUGUCCCUUCUCUAUUUUUACUUUCAAAUAGAGCGUAAAAUUACACCUGUUAGAUAAGGGAAUGGUGCAAGCCCUUUAAUUCUGAAAACUACAGUUGAGACAGACUUCUGAUCUGAUGGCAGCAUAAAUCAUAAGGAACUUUUCCAACCCUAGUCACGUCAAAUUGAAUUUAUUUAUUUUUGAAUUUAGCUGAUAGGAAUUUAUUCUGUUACUGAUGCUCUUCUGUUAGAUGCAAUUAGUGUUAUUUUUGUAAAUAUGAAGCAGGAGAGAAACCUUCAUAAAGGAGAUAGCAAAGUUAUCAAGCUACAUACUUCCCUCUAGCUUUUUUAUUUUUUUUUAAGUAUUAGCAUUCAGGAAUACUGAAGUUUUUUGUGCGUUUAUGACAUUUUUUUAGAGCCUAUGCAGGACAGGGACCACAAGGUGUCGCUACCUCAAAGGAAACAGCUCUCAUUUCUAGAGGUGUAAAAAUGAACUGCACUUUGCUGCUGCUUUACAAGAUUCUCUACUGUUUGUUUUUCAUCCCCUUGGCUACGUUUUCUCUUGACAGCCUCAUGGUUUUCUUCUUAGCCUGUUUCAUAGCCACUUCCAGGAAGUAGAGCAAAGAGGGGAGAUAGCAUCUCAUCGCUCACUGGGCUUGCUUAUUAAAUUGCAAGCUGGUCUGUGCCAUGAAAGGUGUGCUCAGAGGCUGUGUGGGGACGGCUUUCGAGUUCUGAGGCUUCAUGAAGUUCCUGGGACCAUUCCACACUCAGACUCGUGCCAGCAGCUUCGCAUUUUGUACGUAUAAAUGUACCUCUGUGUAAUGUAAAAGGUCACAUCAGGGGAUGCCUCUAUCAUUCCCUAUUUGUAAGACAUCUCAAGCUCUUCAUCUCACGCUGCUGUAAAGCCUCACAAAUGUUUGCCAUGCCUCACAACACCAGCAGCGUGCUGGCUGAGCUAGCAGAGCGAUGUUUCAGUACCUGAAUUGCCCCUUGUAAGAGCGGGUCUUGCUAGAAGGUGCUUGGAGAAGAGCAGUGUAAGGGAGCCAGCACCAGUACUGCUCCUCUGAGGUGCUUUAACCAUCUUGUGUGAUGUCCAAGGGGCUUUGAGGCAUCUUUGAUAUACUUAGUGAUGGCUUUUUUCCUUCGUGAACUUGCCUACUUGUGGUUUUUCUUAGGUCUGUCACUAACACCACCUUUCCACCUACUUCAGGCUUUCUCAGAAUCACGUAGAUGUUCACUUGCUCAUUGCUUCCUCUUCAGAUACGGCUCAUCCCUCCCACCAUGGUGAAAAGUCUUAAUUUCUUCAGCAUGGUUUAUUGUAGAAAAUGCAAUUUCUGUGUCUUCCACUAUCCUUGUCACCCUUCCCUGUAAUUCUCCUACUUCUCCUUCCUUCUGUGUCCUUUCAGUGAGCUCAGGGAACGAGAGGCUCGCGUGAAGCCCAGAGCUUUGCCUUCAAAACCUGAAAAGAGACUGUGGAAACUAUCAGCUAAUGUCAAGAUGUGCUCUGACUCUUCAUUCUUGUUUCCAACAAUUUCCACAGCAGCCAGCGCAGGGAUGUCCGGCUGGUUUUUGUACUGAUGAGUGUGAAGCAGCGAGGCUGCUGUAGCUGUCCUAAAACCUGUGAACAGUCAUUUCUUACAGUCACCUAUAUAAGCUGUGCUCAUGCUGGGUGUUUUUAAUUUUUAGAGGAAUAAUACUGGUCUCUACUCCCUUUGUU